CGAAAAUCGUCCAUCAAACAAAGAUACGAAGGCAAUCCAGAUGUCGGCUGGUUGAACUUCACAAGUAACACAAGACAAUGUCCGACAUACAAUUAUACCUGGUCGAGGCCGACAAGAACAAGGACGAGGCUAAGAGGCUCGCUGCUCGCUCUGCUGAAAGCCUCGCGAAUGGCAAUCUCAAGCUGGUGGAACUCAUCGAAAAUGCCGGAGAAUACAUCAAUCACGAGGACCCUUCAAUGCGAAUCAAGUCGCUCGCAUACUUAGCCGAUGUUCUGGAACAGGUUGCUCCUAAAGUCCUGAAAGGUCAACAGCGUAAUCUUCUAUGCGGCUUCAUUCUCACCAGAGUGACCGAUGAUAACGAAGGCGCUGGCCAUUGCGCAAGAGCGCUUAUGGCUUUGGAGAAGUUGGGUAAAUGGGAUGCAGAAACCGCAGCCAACAUUGCAAAUACAUUCGUGAGCGAUUCACAGACUCUUCGGGACCAUAAGCUGCAAAGCGAGCGUUUCACAAUCCUGCAACUCUUGGACUUGUUACUCAGAAACUAUCGAAAGGCGCUUAAGGACUUACACAACGAUGAUCAUGACUUCCUGGCUAGAUUCAUCACCUACUUUGAUGGGGAGAAGGAUCCAAGAAACCUGAUGAUCGUCUUCUCAAUUCUGCAAGUUCCUAUGACCGAGUGGGAUCUCGGCCCUCACGCCCAGGAUCUUUUCGAUUCGGUCUUCAACUAUUUCCCAAUCACCUUCAAGCCUCCACCAGGCGACCCGUAUGGCAUUACCGCACAGGAUCUGAAAGGACGUCUACAGGAUUGCAUUUCGGCCACCUCGGAUUUCGCUCCUUACUCGUUCCCUGCACUACUUGACAAGCUCGACUCAAGCUCUAUCAACACGAAGCGUGAUGUUUUGGCCGCCAUCAAGGGAUGCGUCAUUAACUACGAACCUGCCACAAUCUCUCUGUACUCGGUCACACUCUGGGACUCGCUCAAGUUCGAGAUCUUGAACGUGGAGGAGGAGGACUUGGCGCAGGCGGCUCUUGAUAUUCUUGCGGCGGUUGCCAAUCAGCUCAGCAAGGUGCAAGAAGGUGCACUUACCGCUUAUCUUAAGCCUGUCAUCAAGGAGUGCAACGAACAUCUCGAAGAUGCACCCACAAAGCAAUCUCAGGCAGCAGGUCGCAUAAUUAACAGCAUUGCGAGAGUCUCCUCUGAACUUGCAAACACAAUGACUAAGGCUGUCCUCCCUCAUUUGUUUGAGCUUUUCCAGUCAUCAGAAUCGAUCGCCAAGAGACGCGGCCUUAUCGAGGUCCUCAUCUCGUUGAUCAGCGCGACCAAGGAUGUCUCGGAGCAAUGGAAGAUUCACAACGCAGAAGGUAUCCUCGUGGCAGAUCGUGCAGAAGAAAGCGCUUUGCGCGAUUGGCGUAACGAAGCAUUGGAAGCCAUGCUCAGGGCUGUUGUCAAUGCACCAAAGUCAGAGGUUUCAUUCCGUCUGUUCGCUAUUGCCGGCCUCAUCGGUAUGGUCAAGAUUCCCAAGCUAUUGUCCGAUGGCGAUGUCUCUCGAAUCAUCGAGUCAUUCACAGAUAUCAUCAUUCAGGAACGGUCUGCCGCAAACUCAGAAGUUGAGGCAGCGGCCAUCAGCGGAUUGGCUGUGACUGCUCAUCACAGUCCGAUCGUCACAUCUGAGAAAGCGUUGCCCACGUUCCUUGCCGAACUACCGGACAACCCGAGCCCUGGAUCAGUAUACGAGAGAGUGCUUGAAGCAUUCACCAAGUUGAGCACAGAAACACAGGUCUUCGAUACGGUCGUAUUGCGUCUGAAGAACAAACUUCAGGCAGCCCUUCAGCAAGAAGCCAACAUUACUUACAUUCACGCUCUUCUCAUGGCCAUCCUCUUUGCUUUCUCGUACGGAUCUCCUGGUACCGAAGAGGGCAUCAUCAAGUUCUCGUAUUUCUCAGACAUCGCAAAGCCCCUUCUAGACCAGGCUCUUGGCCUCGCAGGAAGCGAUGCUCGCUCAUUGAGCGAUCACACAAGCACAGACAUCAUUGGACGUAUCAGUAACAUCAUACUCAAAUCACAGACGACGCAUUUGCAGAAUCAGGUUCUUGCGGAGUAUGAGUCCUCUUUUAGCUCAUUCGGAAAGGACGCAUCCGAUGCCUACUCGAAAGCAGCCGUCAUCGCUUCCCUACAUCUCAACGCUGCAUUCCAACGGGAGGCAUUGACUCCCGAAUCGGCCACGAACCUACUCGGAGCUCUGGCUCGUACCGCAAACAGUCAAUCCACCUUGCCAGAUGUCCAAUUAUCUGCGCUUAGACAGACUGCUUUGGUCGUGAACAAGUUCGUUCCACCUUCAAACCUGGAGCAGUCUUUGGUUAGCACAUCUACGGACGUAGCAUCUCUGCUUGGUCAGGCUCGUUCCGCAGAGUCAAUUAUUCUAGCCUUCUCAGUCGUCAAGGGUCUCUUGAUCCAAGGCAAGAGCAACAAAUACACAACAAGUUAUCUUCAAAGCUUGUUGGAACUGUUGUCGGAUGCCACACUCGGAAGCGUGGCAGCCCGUGGGUUCGUUACGAUCCUCGCGCCUGACGACAUUCUUUCCAAGGAAAACCACUGCAUCGUUUCUGGUCUCUAUAAACAGAAAACCUUCAACCAAACAGUACCCGCCAUUUCAGAAUCAAGCAAAUCCGCCAGUCCGGCCGUAAAAGCCAACUACCUUGUUGCGUUAUCUGGAAUACUCAGAUGGCUGCCCUACAGCAUCAUUGAGAACUCUUUGGCAACGCUUGUUCUACUCCUGUUGCAAUCCCUGGAUCUGCAAGAUCAGACCCACCAAGAUGUCAAAUCCGCAACACUAGCCUCGUUGGAGACAAUCAUCACGCAAAACGCGUCCGCACUCUUCGAGCACGCCUCGUCGCUGAUCUCGCGUUUGCUUGCAUCCACAGCAUCGCCAGACAACACGCCACAAGUUCGCAAGGCUGCUCUCCGUUGCUUGACACUCCUUCCAACUCAGUUUAAGCGGGAGGCUGUGGUACCGUACCGAAGACAGGUGGUUAAGCGGUUGAUGGGCUGCCUGGACGAUGGCAAGCGUGCUGUGCGUACGGAAGCCGUCCGCUGUAGAACAGCUUGGCUCAGCCUCGACCAAGAAGACUCUGACGAGGAGUAAGGUUUUCAGCCAAGCUGCUUGUUUGCGCCCCCAUAUCGUGGGGGGAGGCUAGUAGUCGAGGUGUGGGCUGUUGCCUCGAACUAUUUUCUCCCUUCGCAAAAACCAUCGUCGAAUCUAACUUGUUGAUAGAGUAUAGACUUCUUUAGCACCUGUCAAACGUCCCUUUGUUCGGAGAGGAUACUACCGUGAGAGUUUGUCGUGCGGAGAACCGUGAUUGGAGAAGUUGGACAAGGUGAGGCUGUUUCAUAAAUUUAAGCUUGAGUCUAUUGACCCCAUGGGCCCUUUUUCUACUUCGAGACUGAUAGAUGGUCCAAACACACGACGUCUUGGUACAUGUCGUUGUUGGUCUCCCCCAACUGAAUGUGAGUUGUUUUUCUUUGUAUUCCACCAAUGGUUGUGUGUUCGCAGUUGAUUGCUCCACUAUUUCCGCCCAUGGCUUUU